CGUCUAUUCACUGCUGUUCUCAAGAUGGAGAGAAAACGACGUAUGUUUCCCGUGAGACGGUUGUAAACAAGAAAGUUGUAAAGCCUUGAAGGAUCGAUUUUGCCGGAAGGACAUUGGUUUAAUACGAGAUGGCGAAAUCUGUGCUAGGUUCGGACACCCUUCCCAAGGCUGGUCGUGUGAACGAAGUUUGUCGGGAGUGGUUGGUUCACGAGGAUGGCGCACUCGCCUACCGACUUCAAGACGAAGAAAUCAGAGAACACUAUUCUGGCAACAAGGUGCGUAACGCUCAAGUGAGGGAGGACGUACCAAAAGCACGGGUCGAACAGGAAUUAGAAGCUUUAAGAUAUCAGGACUAUGUCCAACAGCAGGAAGAAAGAGAUGCCCUGGUUGCAAGGCAAAUUGCAUUGUCCCUGGAAAAGGAAGAAAGACAUAAGGAACGUGAGUUACAAGAACAGAUGAGGUUGCAGUUGAGAUUGGACGAUGAGGUGACGCAGCUUGAAAUCCAAAAACAUAUUCAAGAAGAAAAAGACGAGGAACUGGCGAGGAAAUUGCAACAAGAAGAGGAAGAGAACGCUAUAGACAGUCACGAUGGGCCUGGGCCUGUCGAUGAACAAUUUUUGCUGGAUCAAAAAAUUGCGAUGGAAGCGCAGGAUGCUGAACUGGCACGAAUGCUACAGGACAAAGAACGGGCGAAGGCUAGAAAGGCCAGGCAGAAGGCGAGACAAAGGAAGUUAGAGAGGCAGCAGAAGGAGCUGGAAGAACAGAAUACUAUGGAAAGGCCUCAGAGGCCCGAUAAGUUGGAUUUGAAAAGUACACCGAAUAAAAGUAGAGUCCAGCCUACCACAAACUGUCCGCAAUAUGCGGACCCAGAAGAAAUACAAACAUUGGACGACACCACUGAAAAUAUUCGGGAAGUACAGAAUGUCGCUGCGAUUAUCGAUCCCACUUAUAAUGGUAGCGUCCAUCGACACACAUCCAGUAGCUCGAGCAGCACAGUCAGUCCUACAUUUGCACUGCCUACACCGCCGCAGGAACUCAUGAACGACGACGCUCCGUGUUAUAUGCCUAUACAAGGACAACGAAGAAAUCAAAUGCAAUCCCCGUCACAAUUUCAUGAAGAGAAACACAAGCGUAGAGUGAAGGAUGGCUGCAAACAGCAGUAA